AUGGGAGAAAUAGGAGAAACCGAUUACAACACUGCAGUAUUUGAAUAUAAGCCAAUCGAGGAGGUCAAAUCAUACGUUCCUCUUGUUAUUGAUACCAUCAUCUCAGCAGUCAAUGAGCUAAUUGAUAUGGGGGCUCAAACACUAGUUGUUCCAGGAUCCUUUCCACUUGGGUGUUCUAGUUCAUUUCUAACAGUUCGUGCUUCGAAAAACAAAAAAGAUUAUGAUAACAGAACUGGUUGUCUCAUCAGGUACAAUGAACUUGUCGAAUACCACAAUGAUCUGCUAAAAAAGAAACUAAACCACCUUCGAGAGGUUCAUCCGAAUGUCAUCAUCAUUAUGAUGACUACUACAAUGCUGCCAUGCAAAUUAUCUAUUCUCCUCUUAAAUUCGUCGUGUUGUGGAGGUGGAGGCCCAUACAACUACAAAAUCAAUUCGUUGGCGCAAUGUGGACAUGUACUUGCGACUGUGUGUAAUGACCCAGAUGCGUAUGCUUAUUGGGAUGGAAUACACUUUACAGAAGCUGCAUAUAGAAUAAGAUUCAAGAGUUUAUUUAAAGGCCAAUAUACUACACCCCGCUUUAAUUCCUUGUGUCGUACACCUACACCUACAUCAACAUCACAAGUUGGAGUUGCUUUAUCGGGAUCACAAAUACAACGUUGA